AUGGCAAAGGGAAAUCAGGGCUAUCAAGAAGAGCGCAGCAAUUGUCACUGGUGUCAAAUACGUUCCUUUCCAACUCACUCGACUCUACCUGUCACGGUGGUCAACGAUCAAGACUCUGAGGUUCUCCCCGAUGAUUUCCGCUUCAUAAAAAAUGUGGUACUCGGUGUUGGAGUUAGACAGGCUGAGGAUAGCUUCCACAGCGGCUGUUCCUGUGAUAACGACGCCGAAUGCCAGUUCACAGGCUGCCAUUGUCUGGCUGACCUAGAUGAAGAAGACUCCAGUGAAGAUGACGAUGAUCCCUUCGGAGAUUUUAUCAACGGCAUGGAUAUUGACCGGCCACGCAGGAAGGCGUACGCCUAUCACGCCCAUGGCGCAAAAGCUGGCCUCUUGCGAUCCAAGUUCCACAACUCCAAGAUGCCUAUAUACGAGUGUCACCAGAGCUGUGCCUGUAGUAUAAACUGCCCUAACCGCGUCGUUGAGCGUGGCAGGACUAUACCAUUGGAAAUAUUUCGCACUGAAGACCGAGGAUGGGGAGUAAGGUCACCUGUAUCCAUAAAAAAGGGACAGUUUGUUGACCGGUAUCUGGGUGAGAUCAUCACAUCGACGGAAGCAGAUCGCCGCCGCAGUCAAUCGGCCAUCUCACAACGCAAGGACGUUUACCUUUUCGCGCUGGAUAAAUUCACCGAUCCAGAAUCGCUCGACACCCGACUCAAAGGACCUUCCCUUGAGGUUGACGGCGAGUUCAUGUCUGGCCCAACGCGCUUCGUCAACCACUCCUGCGAGCCCAACAUGCGAAUCUUUGCACGCGUGGGUGACCAUGCUGAUAAACAUAUACAUGAUCUUGCCUUGUUCGCGAUCAAGGAUAUACCUAGGGGAGAGGAGCUGACCUUUGACUAUGUCGAUGGAGUUUCGCAUGAGGGAGAAGAGCCAGGAGAGAAAAAUCAUAUGACGCCGUGCCUAUGUGGAAGCAAGAAUUGCAGGAAGUUCCUAUGGUAG